UUACUUUGAAACUGCCGAAUGAUCAUUCGUUUCUAUGGAGUUCAUAUUCCAUUGAUGAUUUUUCACUUUUCUUUUGAGUUUUUGGUUUCGUUGUUUUCAACUUUUCGAGCCGUUACAGUCGCUAACAUUGAGAGGACUUGUAUCUUUCACGAGCAACAGUAAUCUCCUUUGCAGUAAACUUUUAUUCACUUUGGUUUGUGGUUUGUCCAACUUUCAGGGACUGUUGUCAAGUAAUUUCAUCGGUCCUGCAGUUUUGGUUGUUCUCGCUGAAACGGGGAAAAUGGCUCCGGCUAUUUCGGACCCAGCUAGCGGUGAGAAGGAACGGUAUCGGAAGAAGGUGUACAACGCACUGGUGUGUGGAGUGCUGUUGCACAACUCCUUCACGACCCUGGAGGCGGAACAGCAGUUUUUCAACGAUCACGAUCCGCUGAUGCUGGAUGAAGCACUGGAGAAAGCUGGCUUCCGCAAUCUCAUGGAAUUCGUGGAUGCCCAUCCCUCGGACAUCGUUUGCAGAAACACCCAGGUUGGAGUAAUGCUAUAUCCUGGCCCUUCACCUCCGGAACUGAUCGCCAGUAAUAUGCGAUUAAUCCGCACGACUCAGAAACAUCGGAAACCGGACCCGUUCAACCUGGAGAAGGGGAUCCUGUCUCGUUUCGUCCAUGCGCGUCUGCGUCGUGACGGACAUAAAAUAUCGGCUGGUGUGGUCGGCAAGAAAUGUGAAAGUCACGGCCGGGGAUCGGCGACCACAAGCCACCCGACUUCCUCUUACGAUCGCUUGAUAUCAGCACCCACUUUGGGUCGUUCCGCAUCCACAUACCGCAGCAGUCAACCGUCGUACCGUCCAAAACCUUUCGUCCGUCCUUACGUACCACGAGUACAGACAAACUACUAUCCGCCCCCUGUGCGCGCCUAUCCAACCCGGAAUCCCUAUCCAAAAUAUGAGAAGCGAAUUACUGUGCCGACAUCAACUGGGUACUCCUGCACCAUCCCAGAUCGCCCGCUGAGGUACAUUUUUGUACCCUGUUAUCGACCUUUGUUAUUUCCUGUUUUGUACCCUCCACCGCUGAGGUUGCCGUUUCCGGCAGAACCGCCUCCACCGAUUUACGAUCGCGAUGCGGUUCAGCCGACUUAUCAGCGGGAGCCAAGUAGGGAUACCGGCGCUGAUCCAUCCUGCCCUUGGGACAUGCCUUCUCGUCCCCGGUCCGCCAGUGCCAACCCUGAGCAGCGCGAAUUUGAAAAGCGGUCUGGCAUGUCGAAUGAGCAAUUUCUGUUAGCUAACGUCCAGCGGCGCCCCAGCGCUCGAAAGUCACGUGCUGGAAAUACACGGCGAGUCGGCCUCUCGUCGGAUGUAGUGCAGGACGACCUGGACGAGAACGGCGAUUAUUUAGACGAGUUUCAUAACAACAGUUCGGGAUCUGAGGAUGGUUAUGCCAUUCCGGUCAGCAAAGUCUUUCCACGGGAAUCAUCCUCUACGGAUUCCGGUGUCAGAGAUAUCAAUACCGGCUCAACUGCAAAGCUUCCGCAGUCUCCUGAAAUUCCUCCGGCCCAGACUUCCGUGGUGAAUGGCGAGAAGACCACAGCGCCUCCUGUCCGUCCCGCUAGUACCGUGCCGCCUUGCACCACGUCUGAGCAGCUAGAUGAAGAAACCGUGGCACCCCCUGUUUGCAUGGGAGGCAUCAAAUUGCGGCGGAGAACAUUGUUCGGAAGUUCUGCAUCAAAUUCAUGCAUGAGCUUGGCUAGCUGCAACAUGAAUUUAUUGUCCAGAAUUGGAUUUGCUGAAGAGCUGAAUGCCGUUGGAAGCCCCUCUGACGACCGCUCUGAAUCCACUUUACAAAACGAGGAUUAUACCGUCGUUGAGCCUACCGCAAAAGAAGUUAUUUCCGUGCCGGAAGCGGACUUACUUGAUUUAACCGCGUCGCCCCCGGCAAAGAAUACCAUUCCUACAGUUAUUGACCAUCAGUUUUCGGUCAGCAUUCUGAAUGGCAGUGGCGAUGCGACCGAUUCCGAUCAAACCUCGCAGCGCGGCAGCAUCUGGAGAGAUCGUUUGGUUACAUAUUAUAAGCAUCCAAUCCGUGCUACACACUGACUGUAACUGUAGAUUUUGUAGAUCGGCUGGGGCUUUACUAUGGCCGGGGAGAUUUCGAAAAACGAAUCACGUGACACAUGUGAUGCGGAACUUUCUAACCUGGUAUUGUUUUCGGAUGGUUAGUUGUAUAAGGUUUACAUUUUUGUUCUGUGACACUGUUUCCUUUUUUGUUGCGGAAGCAUUUGAUCUGGUGCGGUUCUGUUAGAAUUGUACAGAUACAUGCGGAUUUCGGGAGCUGACUGGGAAAUGGACAGAUUUCUUAACUUUGUUCAAAGUUUUGGCGGGUUGGCCCUUUUUGGCGGCGGCUAAGUACAUUAAUAAAAGUGAUUGAGUUUCGGGGAAUAAUGUUAUGGUUGCGUGCAGUCGAUAGCGUUCGCGGUCUUAAACAAUCGGAAAACAGUUU